AUUUAAUUUCUCAUACUUUCAUAUAAUGACCUCAUUAUUAUUUUUAUUUAUUUAUUUUUAACAUGUUCUUAUACGGUCUUAUUAAUUGCAUGCUUGAUUUGAAUUUGUAAAAUGAAAAUUGGUGUAAGUUAGUGUUCUUAGUAAUCGGGGGCGAGCAAAUGCGUCCUCUUUUAUUUGUGUUCUUGCAGUAAAAUGCUGUAUAGGGUUAUGUUUGAAUUGUGUAGUUUCAUGUAUCAUGCAAAUUGAUGAGUGCAUUUGUGGGCAGCUACUGUUAUAUUGCUACCCAGCUGGAUAAAUAUUUAUUCCAGCUUGUGGUCAAAUGUGAGAGUGUUUUUGGUCUGAGAAGCAUAAUGCAGUUUAAUUUUUUCAUUUAAGCUGAUUCUUUAUAGCAAAUUUCCAUGGUAGUAGACUUAAUGGAAAAUCAAUUGAAUAAGAAUAAAUUGGACGAAUCAUUAUGCAAUGGUUGGUCUCACGUGUGCGCAUUUUUUGUUGUCGUUCAUACCCACGGAACACUUUUACCUCGCGUUACUUCGUAUCUAGAGUUGAUAAUAUUUGGAAUAUCUUUGGCCAUAUUGUAUUAUUGGUGAUGUCUAUCUCAGUUAAAAGGUGAAAGAUUUGGGGGGACUAUGUCUUCUAUUGCCAUUCUUUACUUCGCACUCAUGUAAUUCUUCAUUGUUUGCGUAGUAAGGUGAUUAUGGCUUACAAGAGGCCUUUUGGAGAUGAGGAGGAUUACAGGGUUGCUUCUAAGCAUCCAAGACAUUCUGACAAUUGUUACCAACUCCCAUCAUUUAUAGAUGUUGCUCCUUAUGCCGAUACUUCUUCGGAUUCUCAGACUUCAGGUGAUGUAAGCUUCACUAAAAGGAAUGUAAGUGACAUAGAUUUGGAUCUCCCAGCUUGUGGGUACAUGGACGGUGAGAUAGGUGCUUCUGGCAGCCUUUCUAGUUUGUGGCUCACCCAUAGGUCAGAGGCAGCAGCUCAGGACGAUGAAAUGUGUUUAUCCUAUUUGGCUUAUGGUCCUCGGAAACUAGUUUCUAUUGGAUCAAAUUAUCAGGCAGAUAUUCCAGCCUGGGGACCAACAUCAAGUGUCGAUGAGAACAGUGGAAAAUUCAUGGGAAACUGUGUGAUUCCAAUGCCCACAGAAGAUGCAGGCAAUACCAACUCUGUUGGAUAUGUUAAAGAUGAUUGCAGCUGCCCAGAUUGGGGUUCUGUAAGAUGUGUAAGGAAACAUAUCACAGAGUCCAGGGACAGGCUUAGAGCGACUCUUGGGCCCGAGACAUUUGCGGAACUAGGGUUCUAUGAAAUGGGAGAGGUGGUGGCUACGAAAUGGAUUGAACAGGAAGAGCGGGUCUUUCAUGAGGUAGUGUUCACAUAUUCUGCAUCGUCUGGUAAGAGCUUCUGGGAUCGUCUGUCAGCAGUCUUCCCAUCCCGAACAAAGAUGGAACUUGUCAGUUAUUACUUUAAUGUGUUUAUGCUUCGUCAACGCGCUGAGCAAAACAGAUCAGACUCUCUGGAAAUAGACAGUGACAAUGAUGAGUGGGAAGGAAGUGAUGAAGAGGAAGAUGAGAUAAGAACCGCAGAGGAAUACGGAGACUCUGCAGUAGAGUCUCCGCAAGAAGAUCCCGUCUCUUACGAUAAUAACGAGGGUGAUGACGACAAUGAUGGGGAUACAGGGGAUGAUGUAAGUACUGCUGAUGAGCACUAUUGCAGUUUUGGUCCUAAAUUCCAUACCUCAUCUAAGAAUUCGCAGAGCAGUGGUGAAGAUUUUGAUAUACAGGAUGACUCUUGUUUGUCGUUUGAGUGUCAAGCCAGCAAAGAGGAGGUCUUCUGCGGUCAAACUGAUAUGAGGAAAAGACCGAAUCAGGCACAUAAUAACCGCGGGGAGGAUUAUCUGCAGUGUAGUUUUGAUGAGCGGUUUAAUAAUGCCUCUCUUGAGCAUGGAUAUGUAUUUAGUUCCUGUGACUCUAAAGUUUGGGAUGUUGGGUAUUUGGAUAGUUUUGAAGCUGAUGCCGAUUUCCUAUCUACAUUCAACAUGAUUGAAGAAGUUUUCGGAGAUGAAACAAUGAAUCACAGAAAGGGUAAUACUGAUGGGAAUAGUGUAAGCUAAGCAAGUACAUAAUGAUUUUUUGCAAUCUCCCUCAGUUCUCUGGCUCCUGGAAAACCAGACUGUUGUCAGAGUUGUGCCAGUUUGUACAUUUCAUUUUUCCAUAGGUGCAAUAGCCAAAAGGGCACCACCUUUUACUGUAAAAUAGUGUUCUAUUUUUUAAAGGCUAGUCUGUGAUUCAAUGUUCUUGGCAUGGUCUCUGAUUC